AUGCCAAGAUGUAAUCCCCUAUUCACAGAAAGAUUUGAUUAAAUUUUAGCCUCGAUGGUAGAGGCAGUAGGAGAAGCUCGUUGGGCAGAUAUCGCUAGACAAAUGAAAUAGAUUUAUGAAUUCGACAUUCCCCAAUAAACAAUGAUCUAUGCCAGAUGGAAAGCAAUAGAUCCAAAAAUUAAUAGAGAUCCUUUCAACCAAGAAGAAAUGGCUUAACAUUGGAGAAUGUGUGUCAAAUAUAGUUGCAAUUGGGAAGAAAUAAGGAAGGCUUAUGAGAAGUAAGGAUAACUAAGAGACAAAGGAUAUUUGGCUUCAAAAUAUUAUUAAUUAUUUUGGUUCAAAUUAAGUGAUCUAAAUAGAGGCAUAGCCAGUUUAUCUGAUUAUAACUAACCUAAAAUUGAUUAGAUUAGAGAUAUAACCAAAAAAAGAAUCAUGGAACUAAAUGGCAGGGAUAUCAAACUUGUCAAAAAUAAGUCAGCCAUAGCCUUAAUAAAAGGUUGUAAAACAAUAGUUAAAGUAAUGUCUUUCAUGGUUGACAAUUACAAAUUGGAUUAAAAUCUAUUGAAUCAAGAAGUAUUAAGAAUUAUAACAGUCGAAAGAUUCCAAGAAGCACUAUUUCAUAUAUUUACUAUAGAUACAAUGAUACUAAUCUCACUUAAUGAGAUCAGACCUAAUGAUGAUUUUACUGAUCUAUUUGAAAUUAAUGAGGAAAUUAAAUAAAAAUAUAAGAAACCUACCAAAGUAAAAUCUUGGAAUACUGCUUUGGUAGAAGCUUCAAGUGACGAACACACUGAAGAUGAAGAUGUAUUAUUAGUAGAAGUUAAAGUUAAUAAAUUCUUACCCAAGAAUUAAUUUGCAAAGGAUGACAUUAAUCAAAUUAAAGAUAGUGAAAUUUAUAAAUUAUGCAGCACUGAUUAAAACCAUAAAUUUUAUAGUUGGUACAAUCAAGCCAAAGAUGAUUAAGCAGAUCUGAUUGUAAAUGUUAAGGAGUUUAAUGAUACUCAAGAAAAAGUUAAAUAAUAAGAGCUAUAAAAACCAGAAAAUCGUUGGCAACUGAAAAAGAAAACUCCUUAUGUUGCCAAGAAAUAAAUGAAGGCUAUUGAAAAAAAGAAAAAGAUGAUAUUAGCUUAAAAUUAAAAAGAAAAGGACAAGAUUAAAACUGUACGAGGUAGAAUCAAAUUAGAUAAAGAACUGUUCCAUUGUCAAUACACUAAAUUCUUUGAUAAAGAACCUAGCGAAAGUGAAGUUGAAGAAGACGAUUAUCAUUAUUCCCUAGUAGAUGCAGAUUAGAUUUAUAAAUUGAUGAUGAACAAUUAACAUAUCUAAUGA